CUGUAUGAGGAUUCCAUGGAAGGAGAGACUCCCUCUGCAAAUCUCGGGUCCACCUUUUCUACUCAGGCCAGAGAGAGAUAGAGAAAGAGAGAGGGGCUUGUCCUUCGAUCACUCACCUACCAUAAAAUCCCAUUGGAUCCAUGCCUGGAAAUCGCAAAACCUCGGAGCAUCAGCAACCAUGAAUCGGCCAUCCCAAAACCCUAGAAAUGGAAUCCUUUCGAUCCAUGAGAAAUGGAGAUCCCUUGAUCCUCUGCUCACCUUCGCCGGAGGCUGACCGCUGUCUCCUUCGUCAUCAAAGCCAGGCUUAGAUUUCUCUUCCCUUUUGUUUUCAUCUUAGGGUUUGGUUUUUUCUUUGUUUUCUGGAGAGAUGGGGAUUCCGGAGGUCUUGGAGGGCGGGGCAGCGUCGGUCGAUUGCAGCGUCGGGACGAUCGUUUGGGUGCGGCGCAGGAACGGUUCGUGGUGGCCCGGGCGGAUUCUCGGCCCGAACGAGCUUGCCGCUUCUCAUAUCAUGUCUCCGAGAUCCGGGACGCCCGUCAAGCUUCUCGGAAGGGAAGAUGCAAGCGUGGAUUGGUACAAUUUAGAGAAAUCCAAACGCGUAAAGGCAUUUCGAUGUGGGGAGUUUGAUGAGUGUAUAAAAAAAGCUGAGUCAUCCCAGGGCAUGCCUAUAAAGAAAAGGGAGAAAUAUGCACGCCGAGAAGAUGCUAUUCUUCAUGCUCUUGAACUUGAGAAGCAGCAGCAUGAAAAAGAACAGCAGAAACUAGGCAUUGCAUCCAACUAUAUCAGCAAUAAAAUUCCUGGUACUUUAAAAAAAGAGUUGGGCAGCUUGUCUCUUUCAGAAAAUCAUGUGGGCAAUAAUGGAGCAAGGGAUCAUAGCAAAUUUAUAAAUUUCAAACCACAACUGCUUUCAAAGAGACCAGAUUCAUUCCUUGAAGAAGAGAGCAUGCAAAAUCGAGUAUAUACUGAAAAGGGAAAGCUUGUGAAACAUCCAAACUGGGAGGAUGAUAAUUCUGAAGUGAUACCUCGGAUGAGAGGUUUGCAGGAUUUUGGACUUCAGAUUGCUCCAUCAAAAAGAAAGCUUUCUACAUCUGUUGCCUGUGAGGGUUCUCGGAAACCUUUUUCUGUUGAGAAUCAUGCCCAUCUUUUUCCUAAUGGCCAGCAUAACAUUGGGAAUGCAAAUCAUUUUAGCAGCAUCAAGAAUUCUUUGGCCAUCAAAAGGAAAAGAUCAUUGGGCGGCGUGACCGAGGAGUCCCUUGUUAAAAGACGUGAUAGACGUCGGCCUCUUGUCCAAGUAUUACAGAGCAGUGCCAAAUUGCCAGCAUGCCAGCCAUUGCAAUUGAAUGGUGAUGGUGUUUCUAUUUCUACGCCUGGAGAGAUGGAUCAGGGCAGUGCAAUCUGCCGGGCCAAAAGGAGCAGAUGUGUAUAUCUUCCUGCUGAUUCAAAUGAUUGUUUGGAUCUCAUAGAAUCUCCUGACCAGAUGCGGACAUCACCUUCCCAUUUUGGAGUGGACAAUUAUCUUCUUCACCCUGGUUCUUUGACAGAGGACAACACAAGCUCUGGAUUGAUUGAAGCACAGGAAUCCGAUUCUUCAGAGACAGAUUACUCAGAUCCUGACAUGGAGGAAGAGGCUGCGGUGCUUUCAGAUCCAAGGAACUUGGAAAGGUAUACCAUUUUUCGAGCUCCAGAGCAAAUAGGAAAUAUGAACAAUGAAGAGCUAGACGAGUGUGCACUUUCUAGUGACAUGUCCCAACUCCAUCCUCAUGAGCAGACAGCAGGUAUUGCUGCUGAUAUGGGGGGGUCCAAAUGGCAAUUGAAAGGGAAGCGCAAUAUUCGCAAUUUAACCAAGAGGCCAAUGGAGGUAACGGAUGGCAGGGAUUCCAUCAUUAUUGCUGAUAAAUGCAAUGGAUCAAUUCGUGGACCGUUUCUUGAAGCCAAGGGAAAUGUUGCAAAGGUGGGGAGAAUGGAUAGCCCAAGGGCCUUGGAACAAGGCCUCUACCAUAGAAGUGGGGAGUUAAAUUAUGCUUACGAUGAGGAUGAUCUGACUGAGAAUGAUUUUGGGCAAAACCAAAUGGUAGGACAUGGUAACCGAAGAUACCCAUUAACACUCAAAGCAUCUUCCAGAGAUCAAGGGAGAAACAACAGUAGUGCUGCCAGUUCAGACGACGACUCGCAUUUGAUGUCCCCAUCAAGCCGGGGGGCUGGUCGGUCAUCUCAAGCAGCUCUAAGACGGUACUGGGAAGAGUCAGAUGAGUGCUUUGACCCAGUGUACUCUAAUCUCAUCGAUGGAGUGGGAGGCAGGUUGAUGGAUGUUGAUUUGAAGGUCCAAGCAAGCUAUCAUGGAGAGCGUGUGCCUCUUGUUUCUUUGAUGAGCAGAUUAAAUGGGAAAGCAAUAGUAGGGCACCCAGUCCAAAUCGAAGCAAUGGAAGAUGGCUCAUCCGACCUUCUUCUUUCUACGAAUGAUUUUGGUGAGGACCUCCCCGAAUCCGAUGGAAAUGCAGCGCUCCCUCCAGUUUGGCGGACUGCCAGAAGGACAGCCAUGCACCGGGUCCCACGUCCUCCUCCAUCUGCAGCAUUGGAAGGAGAGGCGGACCCACCUCAGUGUUCAGAUAUGGAAAGUGAACCUCCAUUUAAGAAACCAAAUGCUGGUCAUUACAAUCAUAAGGUGAAUUCGGUGAAGAAGAGCUUCUCUCACAUUCGCCGGCCUGUGGUGGAGAAGAAAUUUCCUAAGAAGCUAUUGAAGAAAAUAAGCUUGUCCAGCCAGAAAACGAGAACUUUAUCUUCAAUUGCCACCCAACAGAAGCUCAGCGGCAAGAAGAGUGACCCGAAACUCGAUGGCAUGAGUGGUGACUUGGAUAGCACAAUCAAACCUGAAAAGACUGUACCUUCAGUUAGUUGUGUCCCUGUGAAGCUGGUAUUCAGUAGGAUCCUGGAAGCAGUCGGCAGGCCCCCAUCCAAGGCUGCAACCAGUUCUGCAGAGGGGAAACCAUCAUAGGCAUUACCCAAACUUGUUUCAUUGGAUCAGGCAUUCUCUUCCCAAACAUCUGGCUCUAUGCUGUAUAUGCACUAUACAACAACAAUAUUGGGUGCCAGACUUGGAAUUGCAGGGGCCCCAUAUUUGGGCCGGUUGAAGGUGAGUCUCCCAUUCUCUAUUUUUGGUGAAUUUAUUAUACUGGCCUCCUGGGGAAAAUGAGAGCGAGAAAGUCUUUGAGCCUAAGUGCCUAACCUGUUCAUUCUUCUCUACAUUGUCUCUGACCAACCGAUGUAAAUUUCAUUUCUAAGUAAAUCUCAUGUAAUCUAUAUUUAAAUCGCCUUCUGGAGCUUGAGAUGCUCGGAUAGUUGGUUUCUCAUGCAUAUGUUCCACAUCCUCUCGCAGCGGAGUUCUGGAAAAAUCGGCAUGCUCUAAAGAUCGCGCUUCGUUUGGAUUAAUGGGUUGCUGACUACUGCUCCCUUGUAAAGUACUUCAAACCUUUAGUAUGCUUUGUUUGGUUCACCUGAUCAAUCCCAAACAAGGACUCUCGAAGAUGAUCAUGUGAAAUAACCAGGAACGAGAUUUUACCGUCUUACCAUUGGGGGGGGCGCUUUUGUCAAAGAGAUCUGCAGGAGUGUGCAGGUCCAAACUCAAUGAAAGGAAAGGAAAAAAGAAGAAGAAGAAGCCAGGUUUUACUGUUGUUCUGGGAAGAUGACUUGUUACAAUAUACUUCAACUUGUUAUAGAACAUUUCAAAGAGAUGACUUGGGAAUAUGAGAAUCAUAGGGAACUAGACUUUUUUAUGUGUUUAUUAUCCUGCAACUAAUACAUGAAGUAACUUGCCGUGAAGAUGACUCUUUAUACAUUUCUUUUCUCCUUUUUCCCUAACUCCUGGAUAUUCUUCUCAAGCUCCAUUCAACUUCCACACUUUCUCAUCAGCAGUCAUAUUUCUUCAGAAAGGGCUUGGUUGUAUUAGUAGAAAAUGGGAACUUUAAUGUAUCUAAUUGCCCAAUGUUCAUGUAUCUAAUAAAAUCAUCUGGUGCUUUCUAA